AUGGCAUCGUUCUUUGUCAGCGCUUUAUGGCAUGGACUGUCACCAGGCUACUACCUCUUUUUUUUAUCAGGCGGUAUUUACAUCGAAGUUGGCAAACGUGAGAUAGACUUUUUUAUUCUUACUAUCAAUGACGUGCAAACCGUACUCACGUGCUGCCUUUUGUUUAGACCUCCGUCGUCGCCUUCGAUCAUACUUUCACUACACUGA